AUGGCAAGCAGCAGCAAAGAUUGGGAUAAACUUCCGUUUGAAAUUCUUCUCAACAUGUUUGGAUACGUUCACAAUGGAAAACUUGAAACUAUUCACAGACUAAUAGCGCAGAAAUAUUUGUCCAAUAUGAAGGAUAUGAAGGAUAUGAAGCAAUGUCAACUUGUGUGUAAGGGGUGGGCAAGAGCUGCUCAAAAGACCAUAUAUGAACAGAUCCACUUGGGAAGAAACCUUCAACAAUUUACAUGCACCAUUACCAGCUACAAUCCUGAUCUGGCAGCCUUGGUCAAGAGAGUAUCUGUUGCAAAUGAUAUUGACUCAACUGUCAACUGUUCAAAUUGCGUUGCAUCAGUCUUUACCCAAUGUAUUUAUAUCAAUCAUUUGUUAGUUGGCGGAAAAACAGCUGAAAAGCUUGUGUGGUCCUGGCUUUUGCUAGAAGAUAUGAAGCUGGAAAACCUCGAAGCUAUCACUAAUUACUUGUAUCGCACCAACAUGGAUCUAGUUCUGUAUUCGCUACUUGCAGUAAAGUUGAGGAAAACCUUGAAAACUCUCAAGGUUAGUUUAGCAGAAAACCAAGACACAACGUCUACAGUAAGCGAAAAACGCAGCUAUGGGCACAUCAUUGAAAGGUUGAAUUCGUUUUCAUCGUUGGAGAAUCUGAUGAUCACCAAUGGCAAUCCUCCCAGCUAUCAGACAUUGGAUCAGGCCAUUGACGAUCGCUUAAAGACGUUACAGAAACUGACAAUCAGCAAGCUAGAGUUGAAUGGAUGGCGAAAGGAGGUCAUUCAAUCAAAUCAAUCAAUCAAGUGCCUAGAAAUCUCAUCCUUCAGAAUUGAUGAUUCAUCCCUUGGCUAUUUGAUAUCCAAAUUCAAAACUCUGGACAGUUUGAAAAUCCUGUCACUGACGUACAAAGCGAAGGAAGUAGCAGAACAAGAGGAACACUGGACCGAAUUGGCUCAACUGUGCACAUCUGUGAAAGCAUUCGCUAUUAGCUUCGAGUUCAACGAAGUAAACAUCAAAUAUCUCAUGGACAAGUGCCUGGAUAUACUGCAAAGAACAGAAUCUCACGAAAGACGGUUACGAAUAUUUUUAUUCGACAUAUAUACUCCUGCUGACAGGUCUCACGAUUUCAGUCCACCCACAAAUGAAGACAUGCGUAUGCCAGCAGUAACUAUCCGUAAAUCAAGCACUAGAUUAAGCUUCAUUGAGAUUACUGGAAACACAGAGGCAUUAAGGAAUGCUAUUAUGAAACAUAUGGCCAACUAUAUACUCCUACGAGUGUGGAUAUAG